CUAGCAGUUAUAUGAUUGCUCUAGCACGUUGCUCCAUGCGAGGUUGGCCCAGCUUUAACUCAGUAUUGAAUCGAUGAAAAAAAUUAAAGCAAAGAGAAUAUGGACGAAUCGCAUAGCUAUAUGAAUGCUCGGUCUGACUUUGACGCAUACAAAGCCGCUGGCCGAAAGGGCCGGCGGGACCGACAUAAGAACAAGCGAGAUCUCCGCCAGAAGGAAAGGCAGGAGAGACGAAAGGGAGAUACGACUCUGCGAUCCAGCACUGAAGACGACAACAAUUUGUGUGCGAGCUACACUGAGGGCGACGUGGAAACGGAAGAAGAGCCUUCCCUGAAAAUAAGAGAUGACCAGAACAAAUGGAAUGUUCCAAUCCCAGCAGGCCGAGCAGCUGCAAAAGCGACCGUGGAAAAGCGGGCGAACCGGAGACAGCGCGUUCUCGCGCAGCACGCCGCCCGCUGGCUCGACUUGUUAGCGGGGCAGAGUUCCGCGACGCGUGGCCCCAUUUCGUUAAGCAACGGAAAUAGUCUGUGCGCCUCAUUCCCAACCUACAAGACCUUUAAGCCUCCUCGUGCCGGAAUGAUAGCUGGGGCGGGCAUCGUGUUGCAGAACAAAUGGGGUCCAACUGCUGAGGGCCCAGCCUCAUCCAGUUGUACCGGGAGAACGGCUCCCGCAGUCAACUCCAGGGCGGUGCGUAGAUCGUUGAAGGAGCAACAGAAGGCAAAAGCGCUCCAGCCGAACGCUUUACGUCCCAUUCCGGAAGAGGCGGCUGUAGAAGACGCGGAUCUUCGACAGGCACCAGGGCAAGCGAAAGCUUCUCCAGUUCCAGGUAGUUACCAAGCUUUUUAUGACGCCCUGGCGCUGCAAGCAGAAGACGACGCGGUUACUAGUGCCUCGGAAUCAGGCGAUGAGGAUGAUCAUGAGGAGGACUUUGCGUAUGCCUUCUUGCUGCGACGAUUUCAAGACGAUUCUGGACAGCAUAGGCGCACUUUCUCGGUUAAUGUCACGCAGCAUGACCUAUGUCCGCCAAAUCCAAGUCAAAAUGAACACGACACUUCAUCGAGGAGUGAAUUGGCACCGAGUGAACCACCGAGUGAGACCUCCUCCGCUCUGUCCAACCAAUUGACGUCAGGGCUUUUUCACAACGCCUACGAAGAGGACAAGUUUCAAGAGCAGAAACGCCAUAUCCUGGCACUCGGCGGGUCGGAGUUAUGGGGUUCCGGAACGGGCGUCGGUGGAGAGAGGCGGGACGCGUUUUGGAAAAUCACGGAAUCUCUCGACCGGAGGUCAAAUCAGAAUAGCGACAUCAAAGUAGGGAGUUGUAAUAUUAAAUAUGGCAAGUGGAAGGCGCAACUCUUUGAGACCACAGGCCGACACCGCGCUGCUUUGCAGGGUGUUGAAAUGUGCAGCAGUGACACGGAUGAUGAUGCUGCAGAUGGAGGCUACGUGAUGCACCGUGGAGCAGGACAUGAUGCGGAAGAAGAAGAACAAGAGCAAGGAGAAGAGGAUGAAGAAAGACGAGAGGGCGAACGCUUCUGGCGUAAGUCGAGCUUUGGAUGCGAAGUUUCCUCGUUCGAGGACAAAAACAGCGAUCUCAUUGGGAUGCUGCGGUUUGUGCGCAAUUUGUCCACGCACGUGGAAGACAGCGAAAACGAGCCGGUGCGCCAGUUUCUCCUCGAUUGGUAUCUUGGAGAUUUUUACCUUGCUUCAUCCUCUACUACGCGCCACAGAAAAAGAAGCCUGUCGCAUCCACCAGCUCGAUUUAUCCGUUUGGGGGAUCUGGCGGUCUUCUUUAUCUUGAAAGUGUACCCAACCCUGUGGAAGGAUGUGAAAGCGAUUUACCGAAAAGCCAAGCGAAAGUGCUCAAAAGCUGAAGUCGGCCAUGUCCAUGGCAGGCUCUAGCAGUGUGAAGAGAAGGCACCAUGGAGAUUUCUUUGUGUAGAAGUAGCUCCCUGCACUUUCGCUUACCUCAAGGUUUGUCCAGAGCUGCCAGUAUCACAGAAAUACUGUCAGACCACGUCUCUACGGUCACCAUGAACGGUGAUAACAGGGACAACAGCAUGCAUCAGCACUGCUUUCUCCGCCUCAAAGCUUAAGUGGACACAUAUGAUGAAUUAUAGAAAGAAGCCAAGAUCAGGAGUCAGAGGAUGUGUAUCAUUGGCCUUUCACUUCGAUGGUAUCAAGUCGAGUGG